AUGAAGACAGAUGAAGCUUGCACUCGCAGAGGAAUGUGGUGCGCUAGUGAAAUGAAGAGACAGAGAAACGAACUCAAUGAAGUUACCGUUACCCUCAGAGCCCUUGACAUGUUCUGUAAGCAACUUCAACUACAUUUGUAUCAUGACAUCGAUGAAGUUACCGUUACCCUUUCUGUCAAAGCCUGUCAAGGGGACCCCAAAUCCGGAUGCCAGAUUCACGGGUUUGCAGUUUCUUCUGGGUUUUCUUCGUAUACCACGAUUUCAAAUUCUUUUAUGUGUAUGUACACCAAAGCUGGACAGUUUGAUGGUCCCUUACUUAUCUUUGAGACUAUGUGCUAUACUGAUAUAGUUUCUUGGAAUACUAUUCUUUCGGGGUUUCGAACAAGUGAAGAUGGUGAAGUUUUUGUUGGAAAUGCACUUAUAAGUAUGUAUUCGAGGUUGAGGCGGUUAAUAGAAGCUAGGAGUGUGUUUGAUGAAAUGGCGAAUGAGGAUCUGGUUUCAUGGAAUGCAAUACUAUCAGGUUACUCUCAAGAAGGAAAUCAUGAGCUUGGGGCGAUUUUUGUCUUUAUUGAGAUGGUGGGAGAAGAGAUCAUGUCUCAUUUACUAGUGCAGUUUCAGCUUGCGGACAUGAAAUGA